GUUGCACAACUUUGGGAACUAUGCGGAUUUGUUGUGAGCGCUGAGCAGGAAUGCGCAGGAUUUUUGGGGCAGUUUUUCCAUCUUCCCCUGGAUCGGAGUCGUGACUUCGGCCACCCUGCGGUGCGUAUCGGCGCAGUAAACUUGGCAGUAAACAUGCAGCAUGGUGUGCAGUCGCGCCGCUGCCUCUGACGGACCGGUUGCCCGUGUUGAAGCGGAGGAAGGCUGCGCGUCCGCGGGUCACCGCCGUGCGUAACGCUGGCUCUCCAUGGAGGACUGGUGGAUGAGAAGCCCUCAUCGCAAACCCACUCUUUAAAGACAGUGAGAAGUGACCCGUGAAAACAUGAUGAGUCAAGACCACGACGGGAUUUCCUUACCGGUGCCCUGCUUCGGAGUUUGUCCCAGCAGAGAGAGCUUCGGCGGCGAAAGCGGCAGAAGCGGUGGAGGUGGAGGUGGAGGUGGAGGUGGAGGCGUUUUCGGUAUCCCUGCAGCCGGGACUUUCUGGCAUGAAUCGGUGGUCUGCAGCGGAGGGCUGAGCCCGACCACGGGCGGCGAUCCGAUGGACGGCGGCGGCGGCGGCUUGCUCUCCACCGGGAAGUCGUGCAAAAGCAGGCCGGUAACGGUGGCCUACGUGGUGAACGGGGAGGCGAGCCAGCAGAACAACGCCGAGAGCAUGGCCCUGCAGUGUCUGAAGGACGCCUGCGAGACGGCGGGCAGCAAGCUGGAGACGGUCAACUUUGGCAAACUGGACUUCGGGGAGACCACGGUGCUGGAUAGCUUCUACAACGCAGACAUCGCUGUGGUGGAGAUGACGGAUGCCUUUCGCCAGCCCUCGCUCUUCUACCACCUGGGAGUCAGAGAGAGCUUCAGCAUGGCCAACAAUAUCAUCCUGUACUGCGACACUAACUCUGACUCCCUCCAGUCCCUGCAGGAGAUAAUUUGCCAGAAGAACACUACGUGCUCAGCCAACUACACCUUCAUCCCGUACAUGGUGACGCCCCACAACAAGGUGUACUGCUGUGAGGGCAGCCUGAUGAAGGGCCUGACAGAGCUGAUGCAGCCCAGCUUUGAGAUGCUGCUGGGGCCCAUCUGCAUGCCGCUGCUCGACCGCUUCAUCCAGGUGCUCAAAGUGUCACAGGCAAACUCCCAUCAGUAUUUCCGAGAGACGAUCCUGAAUGAGAUUCGUAAGGCUCGGGAGCUCUACACUGGCAUGGAGCUGGCUGCCGAGCUGAGCCGAAUCCAACAGCGGCUGGACAACGUGGAGUGCCUUUCUGUCGACAUCGUCAUUAACCUGCUGCUGACAUACAGGGACAUCCAGGAUUAUGAGUCCAUCGUGAAGCUGGUGGAGUCUCUGGAGAAGCUGCCAACCUUUGACCCCAUGGCCCAUCCACAUGUGAAGUUCCACUACGCCUUUGCACUGAAUCGGAGGAACCUGCCGAGCGACAGACAGAAGGCUCUGGACAUUAUGCUGCCGCUGGUGAAGGACGAGGAGCAGGUAGCCUCGGACAUCUACUGCCUGGUGGGACGGAUCUACAAGGACAUGUUCCUCGAGUCCCACUUCACCGACACCGCGAGCAGAGACAGCGGUACACAGUGGUUUAAAAAGGGCUUUGAGUCAGAGCCAACACUACACUCUGGGAUCAACUAUGCUGUUCUACUCCUGGCAGCCGGACACCAGUUUGACACAUCUUUUGAGCUUCGCAAAGUGGGAGUGAAGCUGAGCAGCCUGUUGGGAAAAAAAGGCAGCCUGGACAAGCUGCAGAGCUACUGGGACGUGGGCUUCUUCUUGGGCGCCAGCAUCCUGGCCUGCGACAACACCAGGGUCAUCCAGGCCUCGGAGAAACUCUUCAAACUCAAAGCCCCCAUCUGGUAUCUGUGCUCACUGGUGGAGACCAUCUUGAUCUAUCAGCAGUUUAAGAAGCCCGGCGUGGAGCAGCCGGCCCCCAAGCAGGAACUGGUGGACUUCUGGAUGGACUUUCUGGUGGAGGCCACCAAGAAAGACGUCUCCUCUGUCCGAUUUCCUGUGUUGAUUUUAGAGCCCACUAAAGUGUACCAGCCUUCGUAUUUGUCCAUAAACAAAGACGUGGAUGACAACACGGUGUCUAUCUGGCACGUUGAUCCUGAUGACAAGCACAAGGGGAUUCAUGAGUGGAACUUCAGCGCCACAUCAGUACGAGGUGUCAGCAUCUCCAAGUUUGACGAGCGCAGUGCCUUCCUCUACGUGCUUCACAAUGCAGAGGACUUCCAGAUCUACUUCUGUACAGAGAUGCACUGUAAAAGAUUCUGCGAUCUGGUCAACAGCAUAACGGAGGAGGCCUGGAAAGGUCCAGAGGAGGGAGACUGUGACAACGACGCCUUAGAGUACGACUACGAGUACGAUGAGCACGGAGACAGGGUGGUUCUGGGAAAAGGUACAUUUGGUGUUGUGUACGCAGGUCGAGACCUCAGCAACCAGGUUCGACUGGCCAUCAAAGAAAUACCAGAGAGAGACAGCAGGUACUCUCAGCCGCUCCACGAGGAGAUCGCUCUUCACAAGCACUUAAAGCACAAGAACAUCGUCCAGUACCUCGGAUCCAUCAGCGAAAACGGCUUCAUAAAGAUCUUCAUGGAGCAGGUGCCUGGAGGGAGUCUCUCCGCACUGCUGAGGUCCAAGUGGGGCCCUCUGAAAAACAACGAGUCCACCAUCGGCUUCUACACGCGGCAGAUCUUAGAGGGACUCAAGUACCUGCACGACAACCAGAUAGCACACAGAGACAUCAAGGGCGACAAUGUUCUCAUCAACACCUACAGCGGCGUUCUGAAGAUAUCAGAUUUUGGCACAUCCAAGAGGUUGGCUGGGAUCAACCCCUGCACUGAGACUUUCACAGGCACACUGCAGUACAUGGCUCCGGAAAUCAUUGACAAGGGUCCUCGAGGAUAUGGCAAGCCAGCAGACAUCUGGUCUCUGGGCUGCACCAUUAUAGAGAUGGCAACUGGGAAACCACCUUUCUAUGAACUGGGAGAGCCGCAGGCUGCAAUGUUCAAGGUGGGCAUGUUUAAGAUCCAUCCAGAGAUCCCAGAUUCCAUGUCGCUGGAGGCCAAAGCCUUCAUCCUGCGCUGCUUUGAGCCGGACCCGGACCGCCGGGCCACCGCCCUCGACCUGCUCACCGACGAGUUCCUCACCGUCACCAGCCGCAAGAAGAAGAGCAAGAGCAGCUUCACAGCUCUGUCACCCGGGACUGAGUACCUCCGCAGUAUUUCACUGCCGGUGCCGGUGGUGGUGGAGGACACCAGCAGCAGCAGUGAGUACGGCUCCGUCUCCCCUGACAACGACCUCAACACCAACCCCUUCAUCUUCAAGCCCAGCGUGAAGUGCUACAGCGAGAGGGAUGUCAAGGGGCCCAGGUCCCUCUUCCUCAGCAUUCCAGUGGAGAACUUCGAGGACCACAGCGCGCCUCCAUCUCCAGAUGAGAAGGAUUCAGGCUUCUUUAUGCUUCGGAAGGACAGCGAGAGACGAGCCACACUGCACCAAAUCCUGACGGAGGAUCGGGAAAAGGUUGUGGCCAACCUGAUGGAGGCCCUCACACAGGGCUCUGAGGUACUGAAGCUGAAGCCUCAGCACAUCUCCACCCUCGUGGUCAGCCUGGCCGACUUUGUUCGCAUGGCGGAUAGGAAAAUCAUCGCCAACACGUUGUCUCAACUCAAGCUGGAGCUGGACUUUGAAAGCACCGCCAUCAGUCAGUUGCAGGUCAUGCUGUUUGGCUUCCAGGAUGCUGUAAACAAAGUGCUAAGAAACCACAACAUCAAGCCUCACUGGAUGUUCGCUCUGGACAACAUCAUUCGCAAAGCUGUGCAGACCGCCAUCACCAUCCUCGUACCAGAGCUGCGGCCUCACUUCAGCCUGGCCUCGGAAAGCGACCCCGCCGACCAGGACGACGUUGACGACGAGCCGGACAGAAGCUCCACCCAACAGAGCCGGGCGCCUCCCGUCGCCACUCACGACGACACCGUGGCCACCUCGGGAGUCAGCACGCUCAGCUCCACCGUCUCACACGAGUCCCAUAAUGCACAGCGCUCUGUGAGCAUGGAGCUGGGCCGGAUGAAGCUGGAGACCAACAGGCUGAUGGAGCAGCUGCUGGAGAAGGAGAGAGAGUAUCAGGCCAUCCUGCAACAAGUGCUGGAGGAGAGAGUGCAGGAGAUCAGACUACUGAGGCUGCGAUCUGAGCCCGCAGACGUCCCCUCAUCGUCAGAUGUCCCCGAGGGACAGAGGAGUCCGCCUGCAGAGAGACGUGAGGACUCAGAGAUGACCAGCUGGCUCAGGCUUUACGGCGCUGACCAGGACUCCAUAGACAGAAUACUUAACGAGGAGUACACGUUGAACAACAUCCUCCACGAUGUAACAAGAGACGAUCUGAAGAGUUUAAGACUGAGAGGCGGGAUCCUGUGUAAACUAUGGAAGGCCAUCACAGACUACAGGCAGAAGCCAACCUGAGGCCUUAAGUGGCGACAACCACUCAGAAAAGCCCGGACCUUUGUCCCAACAACUCAGUAUUCUCCUCUUUACCUCAGUAUUUAUAAGAGCAAGACUUUUAGGAGAAGAACCUGUGUUUGCCGUGUGCACAGAGCAGCUUUCCAAUCACAAGAGACACUCUUUGACUGGUCUUGGCAGAGUAUUUUGAUAAUUCUGUGGGGGGAAAAAAAGGGUCCCUUUUAAAAACAACAAUUACUGAGAAGUGCCACUAGUUUUGCUAUGCCUGAUGAACAUUACACAGCUUUUUGUUACAGGUGCGUUAGAAAUUACAAUUGGUGAGAAAAUCUAUUGUAAAAAUAUUGAAAACUGUCUAAACAUUUUUUCUCCUGUCUUUACAAGAUGUAAUGUUUACAAAUCUGGAGACUGACCGUUUUCUAAUACAAGCCUGAGAUACAAAAUACUACAUUCAAAAUCAUCUGAUCCAAUUUUUUUUAUCAUAGGCGUUUUAUCACUACUUUAUUUAAAUGUGUUUUUAAUUUAAUUGCUAUGGUAAUCUGAAGGACAUCCAUGCAUGCCCUGUUUUUGUUUUUAAUUUUUUUAUCCAUACUGAGACUUAUUUAAUUAGUUUUUCUCACAUUUCCUUUUAUAAUACGAAUCUACAUUUUUAUUUUUCAUAAACGUGUAAAUAUUGUGUUAUAGAAUUAUAUGUGAACAUUUAUGUACUUUAAAAACGCAUUGUUAAACAUAGUUAAAUCUACAUGAGGGUUCGACCGCGUCUAUAAUGAACACGUUAAAAAUGAAUUGUAUAGUAUUGUAUUUUCUAGUGUCAAAAAAUCAUAGGAUAUAUAAUAUUCAGUAAGUAAUUUAUAUUACAUCAAAUCAUUUGCUCUGUUUUCUUUUUUUGUACACUGACAAAAUUGUGCUUAUCUUGCUUGUGUAGAUAUGAUCAUCAAUCAGAUGUAUGUUAAUAUGGAAAAAAAAUAUAUGUAAGAGUCAUGACCUUUUUUAUUUUUAAAACAUGAUGUCAGAAAUGGGGAACAUAAUCAUGAGCAGUGUGUCCGUUUUGUUUCAUAACUAAAAUUAUUCACAAUUUUAGUGUCAUAUUAAAAAAACAUAUUGAAACUGUGAAAGAAAUGUGUUAGAAAAUAUUCAGUUUUUUUGUAUAAGAAUAGGCUGUUAAAUGCAAAGGUUUCUCUUUACCUAUGAAGAAACAGCUCUAUAAAACAUAAUAUUGACAAUUGUUGUAUGUUUAUACGGUUUUCCAUAGGCAUUUAAAGGUACAUUUCCAUUUUAAAACCAUAUAUUUGCAUAAUGUUUUGUUUCUUUUUUCAAAAGAAAAUAAAAAGUGACAGUACCUUAAGUAAAUGCAAAACUAUGCUAUACACAAAUACAGUAUGAGGCAAAAGUAACACACAAUAAACUGACCAACAAAGAUGUGUAGCCGCAAAAUACAGGUAACAAUGUCAGAGUUUUUGUGAAAAUUGCUUUUAUUGCAUAUUUUACCAUUUCAUAACAAAUAUUGAAGCUUUUACAGUUUCACUUUAGUAAUCUCAUCGACAAUUCAAUGUGCUUUGCAGUGUGAUUCAACUGUUCAAAUCAAGUUCUAAUAUAGAUACAAGCAGAUAAUAGCCUCUAAAUAUUACAAUAAAAAAAACACUGAACACAAACUAUUGAAAUGCUGGAGUAAUGAAAAUGUGCAAAUGUCUCCCUGUUGUGUUUUUGCUAUUCAAGUUAAAGUAUUGUUGAGUGGAAAACAAGAGAGACUUCU